GCCCGCUCCUCCCUCCGCCAGCUUCGUUGUUUCUUCCUCUACCUUCCAUUGAAACCAAGAAAACCCCCAAAAUCCAAUUACCCAAUCGAAGAAAUAGCUGGGGAAGGAGAAGAGGAAGAGCGAGCCGCGGAGGAGGAGUCAUCUGAUGGUGGUCGUGAGUGAAGAGGAAUCCGCAAGAGGAAGGCGAUAGCGGGGCAGUCGUGAGUGAAGAUUUCCAAGCCUCGAUCCAACCUUCCCCUCAGAUUCGACGGCAAAGCCCUUGUCUGGGCGGAGGAGGAGUCAUCUGAUGGUGGUCGUUAGUGAAGAUUUCCAAGCGAUUGUUGGUUUAGGGAU